CUGAGGGGUAAUUGCUAAGGGGCACAGGGUUUCUUUUUGGAGUGAGUAAAAUUUUCUAAAAUUGUCAUGGUGGUGGUUGUGCAACUCUGUGUGUAUACUAACAACCAUCGAAUGGUACACGUUAAGUUAAAGAAUUGCUUGGCAUGUGAAUUAUACAUCAAUAAAGGUUUUAUAAGACACAAAAAGUCUUGAACCUUGAUAUACAAAAAAAAUGCUGAUGCAAACGUAUAAUUACUUUAGUUCUUGCAUCAAGCAGACUGCAGUCACAAGUGGUCUCACACUUGCCACUGUUCUUAACGCUAUUCUAAAACCUAUUAUAUAACAUAGGUGACACCCAAAUGUUAGGCCAUCAACUUUCAGCUGCGUGAUAGCACUUAUGAUAAAAGAGACAUUAACUACACUCAUACAAACACAAGGUCAUCUCCCCUUUGCUUUUUCCACUUGACAACCACAUGCUCUGACUAUUUGUAUAAUGUGUUUACUCUGAUGUGUAAGAGUUGUAUUUUAACUUCUUGAUUGAUUUCUCCUGGAAUAUAAACAUGAGCAAAGGUAGAAGGGAACAGAAAUUUGAAAAGAACAAUUCAUUAAACCAGGAUGUCUACGAAAUGGAUUUCAGCUCUUCUGCUGAUACAACUGAGUUGUUACGUUAGCUCUGGAACUUGUGGAAAAGUGCUGGUGUGGCCAACAGAAUAUAGUCAUUGGAUCAAUAUAAAGACAAUACUGGAUGAACUUAUUCAGAGGGGUCAUGAGGUGACUGUUCUAACAUCUUCAGCUUCCAUUCUUAUUGAUCCCAACACACCAUCUGCUAUUAAAUUUGAAGUUUAUCCUACAUCUCUUACUAAAGAUGAUUUUGAGUUUCUUUUCAUGAAAUGGAUCAGGACAUGGACAUAUGAUCUGCCAAAAGAUACAUUUUGGACAUUUUUUUCACAAAUACAAGAAAUUGAGUGGGAAUUUUCUGAUUUUAUUGAAAAGCUCUGUAAAGACAUAGUUUUCAACAAAAAACUAAUGAUGAAAUUACAGGAAUCAAGGUUUGAUGUCGUUCUUGCAGAUGUCAUUGGUCCUUGUGGUGAGCUGGUGGCGGAGCUACUUAAAAUACCAUUUGUGUAUAGUGUCCGGUUCACUUAUGGCUAUACAUUUGAAAAGUAUAGUGGAGGGCUUUUAACCCCUCCUUCCUAUGUACCUACUGCUCUGUCAGGAUUGAAUGAUCAAAUGACAUUCUUGGAGAGGGUAAAAAACAUGGUAUAUGGGCUUUAUUUUGACUUUUGGUUCCAGUCAUUUAAGGAGAAGAAGUGGGAUCAGUUUUACAGUGAAGUACUAGGUAAACCCACUACAUUAUAUGAGACAAUGGGGAAAGCUGAAAUAUGGCUCAUUCGAACCUAUUGGGAUUUUGAAUUUCCACGCCCUCUCUUGCCACAUUUUGACUUUGUUGGAGGGCUCCACUGCAAACCUGCCGAUCCCUUGCCUAAGGAAAUAGAAGAGUUCGUUCAGAGCUCUGGAAAACACGGUGUUGUGGUGUUUACUCUUGGGUCAAUGGUCAGUAAUACCACAGAAGAAAGGGCCCAUAUGAUUGCAUCAGCCCUUGCCCAGAUUCCGCAAAAGGUGCUGUGGCGAUUUGAUGGCAAGAAACCAGACACUUUAGGACCCAAUACUCGACUCUAUAAGUGGAUCCCCCAGAAUGACCUUCUUGGUCAUCCAAAGACCAAAGCUUUUAUAACUCAUGGUGGAACCAAUGGCAUCUAUGAGGCUAUCUACCACGGGGUCCCUAUGGUGGGCAUUCCCUUGUUUGCCGAUCAGCCUGAUAACAUUGCUCGUGUGAAGGCCAAGGGGGCAGCAGUGAGCCUGGACAUGAACACAAUGACAAGUGCAGAUUUGCUCAAUGCUUUGAAGACAGUCAUCAAUGACCCAUCCUAUAAAGAGAAUGCUGUGAGGUUAUCAGCCAUUCAUCAUGAUCAGCCUGUUAAGCCCCUGGAUCGAGCCAUCUUCUGGGUCGAGUUUGUCAUGCGCCACAAAGGAGCCAAGCACCUUCGCCCAGCCUCCCUCAGCCUCACCUGGUACCAGUACCACUCUUUGGAUGUGAUUGGAUUUCUAUUGGCUUGUGUGGCGAUUGCUACUUUUCUUGUCAUAAGAUGUUGCUUGUUUGGUUAUCAAAUGUUUUAUAAGGCAGGAAAGAAGAAAAAGAGGGAAUAGGCCUCUUUAAGACCUAAGACUAAUACGCAUGACAAGUGAGAGUAUUACAUUUAAUUCAGCCAUUGUGGUUCAAGUUGUGGGAAGAUUCUCUCCCACUUUUUGCAAGAAUGGGCCUUUUCUGAUUUCCCCAAUAUUUUAGUUAAAUGCAGUGGUGUUAGUUAAUCCAUUUUUCCCUAAGGAGGAAUAAU